AUGGAUGACGGGUUUACCACUACUAAGUCUCCAGCUGUGGAACAGAUAUACGGACCGUUCGUCAGGUUUCUCAUAGUUCUGGCUUGUCUGAUCCUGAGUGUCCUCUCCACCAUCGACCAGUACCAGGCUCUGGCUCACACAACACUCUUCUGGGUGGAGAUCGUCCUUGUGGUGUUCUUCGGUGUGGAGUACUUCGUCCGCCUCUGGUCAGCAGGCUGCCGCAGUAAGUACGUCGGCAUCUGGGGCCGACUACGCUUUGCCAGGAAGCCGAUAUCUAUAAUAGAUCUGAUCGUGGUUGUUGCUUCGGUGGUCGUGCUGUCAGUUGGAUCCAAAGGCCAAGUGUUCGCCACCUCUGCUGUGAGAGGGAUUCGCUUCCUGCAGAUCCUGCGUAUGCUUCAUGUUGACCGGCAGGGAGGAACCUGGCGUCUCCUGGGCUCUGUUGUCUUCAUCCAUCGGCAGGAGCUGAUCACGACCUUAUACAUCGGCUUCCUGAGCCUGAUCUUCUCCUCGUACUUUGUUUACCUGGCAGAGAAAGACGCCGUCGAUAGCAGCGGCUCCGUCGAGUUUGGAAACUACGCUGAUGCUCUGUGGUGGGGAGUGGUGACAGUGACGACCAUCGGCUAUGGAGACAAAGUGCCACAGACGUGGAUUGGAAAGACCAUUGCAUCCUGUUUCUCAGUCUUUGCCAUUUCCUUCUUCGCCCUGCCUGCAGGAAUCCUGGGCUCAGGCUUCGCCCUGAAGGUGCAGCAGAAGCAAAGACAGAAACACUUCAACAGGCAGAUCCCUGCAGCCGCCUGCCUCAUUCAGACAUCAUGGAGGUGUUUUGCGGUGGAGAACUUUGAGUCAGCCACGUUCAAGAUGUUUUUGAGGAAGCGGUCCAACGUCCCUGCUUCCUCCUUGUCCACGCCCAAGUCCAAGAAAUCGGUGAAGAUAAGGAAGAAGUUGAAGAGCGCUGACAAGGACAACGGUCUGACUUCUCCCACGAUUCCCAGCAUCACCUUCGACUCUGUGUUUGACAGCGGGAGGGAGCUGAGCUCAGAUGUUUACAGCACUGUGGGCACAGGAUCUCACGCUCUGGCAGGUUGUGAUCAUCAGCAGUCCUGGACGUCUUUAUCCUCCCUUCAGUUCAGCUCACCUCCUCCAGUGAAAAGAAGCCCGGGCCUCUUGGAUGUUCAGUCCCCCGGCCCCCUCCAGAGAAACUGCAGCUUCGCAGACGACCUGGAGCUGGAGUCGGAGCGAUACAGCGAACUGGCUCCCGUCACCUCGGUGUCACAACUGACGGAGUCGCACAGAAAAGCCAUCCGAGUGAUCCAGAGGAUGCGCUACUUUGUGGCCAAGAGGAAUUUUCAGCAAGCUCGUAAGCCGUACGAUGUGCGAGAUGUGAUCGAGCAGUACUCCCAGGGUCACCUCAACCUCAUGGUGCGGAUCAAGGAGCUGCAGAGGAGACUCGACCAGUCUUUGGGGAAGAUAACUUUGUUCCAGACGGGCUCAGACAGAGCCAGAGACAAAGGCACCAACUCCAUCGGCUCCAGACUCAACAGGAUGGAGGACAAGAUAACGCACAUGGACCAGACUCUGAAGCAUAUUGCCGAGUCGCUCUCCUUUCUGCGGGACCAGAGGGACGUCGGUGGGGGCGAAGGUGGGGACAGGGAGAGGCCUCGGCUCGGGCGGAGCUGUAACGUCCUCCCCAGCCAGGACAGCCUGCCAAGCUACGACCAGCUGUCCUCGUCGCCCUCGUCCCUCUCGUCCAACAACGCAGCCGGCACGGCAGCCAACCCUCGCCUCAGUGCCGCAGCCAGUCAGGACGAGGGCUGCUGAUCUCUCUGUCCGUCCGUCUAUCCCUCCACCUGUAUGUCCACCUGUCUGUCCAUCCAUCCAUCACAUUUAUCUGAAACGUCUCAUGAGACUGUUAUACACAUGUGAAAGAGAAGAAAGAAAUGAAGAGAGUUGAUUUUGUUUCAUAGCAGUCGUCUGUCUGAUAAUUAUAUAUAUAUAUAUAAAUAAUUUGUAUUACCUUCAUCUUUGGGGAGAGGCCUUUAAGUCAUUACUUCACUUUAAUUUUAAUCAAACGCUCUGUUUCUCUUUUUUAAUUUGAUUUCCCCUUUUUCGUGAAUAUUUAGAAAUAUUCUUCUGUAGCAAUAAAAGAUUGUGGUAAUUGUUACCCGGUGUUUAUAAGUUGUGUCCGGUGCCUUCAGGGGAAAUCUCUGACUCAAACAAAUGAGCUGAUUAUUCCAGUUUCUGUCAGAUGGCUCCUUCUUUGUGAAAGUUAUAUUUUCAUAUUAAUAACUGAAUGUUUCUACAGUUUCUUUUUCCUCCUCUGUCAUUAGUCGAAUAGAUUCUUCACCUCUAAAGCUCCAGUCAUAGUUUUCUCUGGAGUCAUGUAUCACUAGUGUUGGCAGCAGACUUUUCUUUAUUGUGUUGAGGUGGGGGGGGGCGGCGGAGUCCUCUCUGACUUUUUGAAAUGGGACGAAGGACGGCUAAUACCGCGGUCUCCACACACGUGACCUUUGGGCAGCAGCUGGUGACCUUCCCCCCCCCCGCCGGCCGUCCGUGGGGUGCCUUUGCAUUCCUUCACUCGAGUGGCCGUUUGGAAGAAAAGGCCCAAGUGACCAUCUGCCUCUGGUGUCCACAACAAUGGACCCCACCCUCCUUAAGUGUGCUGAGGGUGUUUGGCCUUUGUCCCGACCAGGAGUUGGGUGAGGGGAGAGUUUGUUUACGGGGAGGCUGUAAAGUGUUUUUGCCCCCUGGUGAUGAGUGUUACUUUGGAUGUUGGUAGAGGAAGUCUGUAAUUAGUCGUCGAGCCAUAAACACUAAAUAAAUAAAUAGCCUUUUUUGAAACCUGAA